AAUUAAACAAAAGUAUUUAAAAAAAGAAAAAAAUUAAGUUAUAAAAUUUAAAAAAAAAAGUGGCAAAAUUUUAAACAAAAUUGCAUUUUUCAUGUUCAGUGUACUUUAAUAAAAAAUAAUACAUAUCAACAGUCUCAACCUUAAAGUUGUGAAAAAUCUCCCAAAAAAUAAGUAAAAUCAUUUUGAAAAGGGCAACAAUUUUUUAAAAAUUACACCCAGAAAAAAUAAUAAAACCUAAGUUAGUCAAUUAUAUAAAAUUAAAUUUAAAAAAGUUUAAAUUUUAAAUUUGAAAAAAAAUAAAACUACUUAAAUUAGUGUUUAGUCUUAAGACUUUAAAUAAAAAGAAGGAAAAUUAUUUUAGCAAAAAUAUUUCGAAGCAAAAAAAGAAAAAGAAAAACCCCACGCUGAAUCUGUUGAUAAUAACAACAACACUAACGACAAGUACAGUGGUGAAUAAAAGUGUGAGUGUUAGCUGGAAAGCUAUGUUUUUGUUAUUUUGCUUAUACACCGUUAUAAGGUGAAAAAUUCUUGCAACAAAAACAAAACACAAAAACAACAAAAAAGAGCAAAUGUCAAGUGAAAAUUAUUAAGUUUAAAAAUUUAAAGAAAAGCUGAUUAAAAAUUAAUAAAAGAAACAAAGAACACCCAAUAAAAAAGUCAAUUAAAACAAAAAAACACAAUAAAAAUCCCCUUUUAAAAAAGAAAUAACAACGAAAUCUUGUUUGAAAAAAAAAACACAAAAUAUUCCUACAAAAAAUGCUCCCCAAUAAAAAAGUAUCCAAAUCAAUUAUAAAGAAAAAAAUACCAACCAAUUAAAACAUACAACAAAAACAACAUUAAAGAUAUUCUAAUAAAAACCAGUUACAACAAAAAGAAACAAGUGUAUAUUUGAUAAUUCUUACGAAAAAAUAACAUCAAGCAUAACAAAAAAAAAUAAAAAUAAAAACGUUUGUUGCAUGCAAUACAACACACACAUACGAAUACAUACAUAUCUGCAGCUUCCUCUGGAACCGGUUAUAGCUAAAAUAAUAACUACCAACCAACCAUAUUUAAACUAAAUAAAUCAGUGAAGAAAUCAAGUUUUUUUUCGUUGCACCUGUUUGUGGCAGCUUAAAUUGCACAUGAUUGGUUUGCAACUUUAAUUUGCAACAACAACAACAAUCACCACCUAGCCUAAUAUGCAAAGUUUAAUGGCCUAAAGGAAGCGCAAACAACAAUAACAACAGCAAUAUAUACAAACAUAACAUGUUUUAGUUUUUAAAUAAAACGAAAAAAAUAAAAUCUUAAAGCAGGAUUUAUGAAAAACCUGAACUUCUGUACAUUAAAAGUGGAUUUUAUGCAGCAGUCAGCAGCAUCUUUAAUACUUUGUUGAAUUUUACCCGAUUUGCGUUUUUUGUUUUUUUAUUUUUGUGAGUGUAAAUCUUCGGGCUGUGGCAUCAACCGAUAAACAAAGAAAAACUUUGUUGUUUUGUAUCUUUAAACAAGAAUUUUUGUUGCACAAUUUUAUGCUCAAAAGAGAACGGCAGUGGUGAUGGCAUAAACCGAAAACUACAGUUUGAAAACAAAAAUCAACUGAAGGCGUUUUCAUCCUGACAGUAAGUUGAGACCAUAAAAAAACACAAAACACUUGUAAUAUGCCCUCGAAAACUACAACAACACUCCUGUCAAGGCCCAGCCCACAACGCCAACGUAAUCAAAACAAAUUAUGUUCUUUAGCAACUUUAUUAUCAUUGCCCUCACCAGCUGCUAGUUUAAGAAAAAACAUUCCUUUAUCUAAUCUACUCGUAAUAUGUUUCCUUUUGGUCAGCCUGCAGGCACUUGAGGUGACGGCAAAAGUUAAAACGAAAAAGAAUUCGAAUAUACAUUUCAGCAAUAAUGAGGAUAAUCUAAAAACCACCUCCGAAGGUCAACAUUUCGCCAUGGAACCACAAGAUCAAACAGCGGUAGUUGGUUCACGAGUAACUCUACCCUGUAGAGUUAUGAAAAAGAUUGGAGCUCUACAGUGGACAAAAGAUGAUUUCGGUUUGGGUCAACAUCGUAAUUUAAGUGGUUUUGAACGUUACUCUAUGGUGGGCAGUGAUGAAGAAGGUGAUUUUUCUUUAGAUGUUUUUCCCGUUAUGUUGGAUGAUGAUGCCCGUUAUCAGUGCCAAGUGGGUCCUGGUCCUAAUGGUGAAGCUGGCAUUAGGUCGAGAUUUGCCAAACUAACUGUUUUAGUACCACCUGAGGCUCCCAAAAUUUUGCAAGGAGAUCAUUUGGUAACAACUGAAGAUCGUGAAAUUGAGCUGGAAUGUGAUUCGGUGGGUGGAAAGCCAGCGGCAGAGAUCACCUGGAUCGAUGGCUUAGGCAAUGUCCUAACGAAAGGCAUUGAAUAUGUUAAAGAACCUUUGGCGGACAGUCGUCGUAUAACAGCCAAAUCCAUAUUGAAAUUGACACCCAAGAAAGAACAUCAUAAUACCACUUUUACAUGUCAGGCUCAAAAUACCGCUGAUCGUACGUAUAGAUCAGCUAAAAUCCUAUUGGAAGUAAAAUAUGCGCCCAAGGUAACGGUGUCGGUGGUGGGCGGUGCUUUGGCAGGCGGUCGCAUUCCCGAAGGAGCUGAGGUUAUUCUCUCUUGUCAAGCUGAUGCUAAUCCGGCUGUUCAAACCUAUCGUUGGUUUAUCAACGAUGAACUGGUCACAGGAGAUUAUACCACUAAAAUGGUAAUACAUAAUGUUUCACGACAAUAUCACGAUGCCAUCGUUAAAUGUGAAGUGGUCAAUGCUGUGGGUAAAAGUGAAGAAAGUGAAACAUUGGAUAUAAGUUAUGGUCCAAUUUUUCGCCAAAGACCCUCUUCCGUAGAGGCAGAUUUGGGGACAAGCGUUACCAUGCGUUGUGAUGUUGAUGGCAAUCCUACACCCGAAAUAGAAUGGAUUAAUGAAAAUUCUGAUCGUGUUGUAGCCACCACCGCUAAUCUAACAUUAAAAGUUACUGCCGAUACAGCAGGACGUUAUUAUUGCAAAGCCGUAGUGGAGGGUUUUCCCGAAAUCGGUGCCGAGGCCACAAUUUAUGUUAAAAGGGCUCCCAUUAUAACAUCGCACAAGGUGCAAUUUGGAGCCGUUGGUAAUCGUGCCAAAAUUGAUUGUUUAGCCUUUAGCAUACCCAAAGCUGAAAAGAUUUUAUGGUCUUAUGAAGGCAAAAUUAUAAAUAUGUCUACUGCCGAUCCCGAUUUGUAUAUAUUCGAAGAACAUCAUUUGCCUGAGGGCGUCAGGGCGGCACUGAUAAUCAAGGAAAGUCGUUCCAAUCAUUUUGGCAAAUAUAAUUGUACAGUUGUAAAUUCAUAUGGAAGUGAUUCAUUGUUAAUUACUUUAAUACCAGAACCUGGUUCGGUACCCGUCCUUUUAGUGGUCAUGGGCUCUAUGUCCUCGGUGGCCAUUAUCCUUAUGGUUGUGAUGCUCGUGAUUGUGUAUAUGAAACGUAGCAAGAAGAAGCCCAUGCCCGCUGAUGUUAUACCGGAAGCUUCACGCGGCGGUGACAAAUUAAGCGAUCUCAAACAUGAAAUGCGUGCCAAAGCCUAUGAAGCAGCUGAAUAUUCUGAGUCCACCUCUGAUGGUUUAGCCAUAAAUCUAACGCAUUCUCCCAUGCCUGAUGUACAAAUGAAGGGUGCCACCUUGGGAGUACCCCUAGCAGGUCCCGUUAAAUUGGAUGAAAGAUUUUCUGGUGACUUUGGUGAUCGCUAUAAUAGAUCGUGUAAUAUAAAAAAUAUUAAAAAUCAAGACUACAAGGAGUCGGUUAAUGGUUAUGCUCCUUAUUUUGAAUACGCUUUAGAUUACAGUCCUCCUAAUGAUAAUAAAAAUUCUAUGAGUUCUGUAUCGAAGAGUAAUUCAACUACGAUUAGUUCGGCUACUUUGCCACACUAUUCGAAUCCUGCUAGCACAACGGGUAAUAUGAGUUUACCCCGAAAUCGUGCCGAUAUGCAACAGCAACAAUCUAUGAAUAAUGGAUUUUUAGGCCAACCACUAUUACAAAACGGCAUUGAUAGUCGUUUUAGUGCCAUUUAUGGUAAUCCUUAUCUGCGCACCAAUUCCUCCAUACUCCCACCUCUGCCGCCACCAAGUACAGCCAAUCCGGCGGCAACACCAGCACCACCGCCUUAUCACGCACCCCGUAAUCAUGGCAAUCUCAUGGGCAAUGGAGUCAUGGGAAGUCUAAAAAACUUCGGCAACGCCAAUAGCAUAAUUACUGGUACCAAUGGUCCGGCUAGUGUAAGUGGUAGCAGUUCAAAUCUCACCUCCAGUAGUAAUACAUUAGCGGCUACACCGCUGCAGCAGCCUACCGUGGGUACACCCUCUGGUAUGGUAAACUCCUCAAAUGCAACAACAGCACAAAGUCCAUCGGGCCAAUUUAUACUACCAUCAAAUGGUAAUGCGGCUAAGAAAGGAGCAUUAGCAACACAUGUUUAAAUAUAGUGCAAAAAAAUGCACAAACUCACACACACACUCUCGAAACAAACGAACGAAUAAUAUAAACGAAUUAAACCGGAUAACGGAAGUUUUAUUCAAAUUUUUAUAGAAAAAAAAAACAUAUUGUGAUUUUUAGCGUUAAUUAUUUACCUAUGGCAACUUUAUGGCAGAACACUGUGUACAUUUUUAACCAAGUUGCUAAAAUUAUUGAAAAAAUUAGUUAAAAAUAACAAAAUUCUUAAAAAAACACACAAAAUAUAUAAAAUUAUAACUUUAGCAACUUUGGUUAUAAUUUGCAUUUUUAUUAUAGAACAUUAUUGUUAGUAAAAAUUAAGAAACUAAUAUACAUAAAUACAUAUAUUUAUUGUGCAUACAUACUUACAUAUAUAGGUAUCAUUAGUAGGUAUCAUAUUAGGUUGGCCUCGAUUGUAUAGAGAUAAAAUAUGGUAUUGAUGUUCCUAUGGAAAAUGUACCACUAGUUCUACGUUUAUGCGGCUGUAGAAACAGAAUUAGUAGAGUUUGUGUGCUGCAUGUUACAAUCACUAAAGCGGUAUAAUGUUUUGACUAGGGUUCUAUAAAUCGACUUUCGAAUAAUCGAACAAUCAACUUUUUGUCGAAAAAAGUCGAAGUCAACUGGCAACUUUGAAAGUUUGCAUUUCAUUUUGUUUUUUGGUUUGACGUCACAGUCAAAAAAAGUUGGAAAAAGUCGGAAAAGGUCGAAAAUAGUCUAUAAGUCGGAAAAAGUCAAAAAAGUGGGAAAAAUUCGAAAAAAAGUCGAAAA